AUGAUUUGGGGAAGCCUUUUACCGAUUUUGCUGUCUUGCGCGCUCGCCAACAGCACCGUGGAGGAGCAGGAGUCGGCGCCGGUCCCGGUGCCCUUCUUCCACGGGCAUGUGUUCGAGAACGCGCCGCCGGGAUCCCGGGUCAACGGGCUGAUCGUGCCUCUGCGGAGGCUGAACGCCAAACGAACGUGCGGCUCGGAGUUGGUUCCCCAGCCGCACUGGAGGCUCCUCGGCGACGGAAGCGACAAGUUUCGCGUCCUGACGCACCACAACCGAGGCCACAUGCUGCUGAGGACUAACGGGCUUCUGGACCGAGAGCAGCGGGCUGAGUACGCGCUGGGGGUCGGCGUGUGCUGCGGCGGCUCGUGCGCCGAGGUGGCGUCCGUCAAAGUGGACGUGCUGGACAUCAACGACCACCGGCCCGCCUUCCGGGGCACCGAUGUGAGGCUGAGCCUGGAUGACGCUACCCCGCUGCGCACGGUGGUUUAUACGGUGACGGCGCGGGACGAGGACAGCGGCAAGAAUGCGGAGCUUUUUUACUUCGCCAUGCCCAAGAACGGCACUUUCUACGUGGUGCCUAAAAGCGGAGAGGUCCUCCUGGUGGACUCUAUCCUGGGCCGGGACGGACCUAUUAAGUUCACGGUGUUCGCCCGGGACCGAGGCUGGCCGCCGCGCACGAGCGAGGGCAUCGUGGUGGAAGUCACCCCGCGCCAGUGGCUCUCCACCCGGGGAAAAGCACCCGCUCGGACUUCCAGGUCCGUCCGAGACGCGGCGGAGAGCAGCCCGCUUUUCAUCAACGUGUCCGAGGACGCCGGCAUCGGCUCGGUGGUGAUGAACUUGAACCCGGUGCGCUUCCAGGCGGCCGCGUUCGAGCUGGUGGAGCCCGACGACGCGGAGAGCUCGCCGGUGGUCGUGGGGCGCGACAGCGGGGAUAUUGUCAUCGCGCGCCGGCUGGACCGUGAGACGGAGCCGCUGGUAGAGAUUGGCGUCAGGGUGCAAGACAAACGAGGUCCAGACUGGUACCUGGUCCGAGUGGAAUUAACGGUGACCGACGUGAACGACAACGUUCCCGAGUGGCGGAUGGUCCCCGCCCCGUACCUGGCUGUGGUGUCCCCCGAUGCCUCUGCUGGGGAGCUGGUCUACCAGCUGUACGCCCAGGACGACGACCAGGGGCUCAACGGUGAUGUGGAGUUUUUCCUGGCGGACGGAGGGGACGGUCGAUUCGAAGUAGACCGGAAGAACGGUCACGUGCGGACCACCGGGCUUCCUCUGCAGCGUGACCGCGAGUACCUGCUGACCGUGGUGGCCGCCGACCGCCUGGGGAGCCGCAGCGUUCCGGCCGUGGUAUCGGUGGUCGCCGGCGCCAGGCCGCCCCAGUUCACCAACGCCUCCUACACCAUUGCCAUACCGGAGAAUACGCCCGAGGGGCAGCCCUUCCUGGCGACCACGGCAGUCUCCUUCCAGAAGAAGCCGAUCGGCUACAGCCUUCUGAUCAAUCCCAGCAGUCUGUUCUCCAUCUCGCCCGAAGACGGCCAAAUCAGCCUGACCCGGCCCAUCGACUACGAGAGCGACCAGCACCGCUAUUUGCUGCUGGUGCGAGCCGGCGAGGGCCAAGACAGCAUGAGCAGUGCCGCCGAGGUGCGAGUCAUCAUCGUGGAUGAAAAUGACUGUGUUCCCGAGUUCCUGCAGUCCAUCUACAGCAAGGACGGCGUUCCGGAGACGGUUAUGACAGCCACGUCGCUGCUCCAAGUUUCCGCCAGCGACUGCGACUCGGAAAAGAACGCUGAGCUGACGUACUACACGAUGAGUCCAGACUUCACUGUAUCCCCGCACGGCACCAUCUUCCCGGCCGGACCUCUUGACUACGAGAGGCCCAACCAUCUGUACGAGUUCGUGGUGAUGGCUGUGGACAAGGGGGAGGUACCUCGCACGGGCACGGCUACAGUCAGGGUGCGCAUGGCCAACGUCAACGACGAGCCGCCGGAGUUCUCGCAGCACAUCUACCGUACAUUUGUGUCCGAGGACGCCGGGCCCAACACGCUGGUGGCCACCGUGCUGGCCAAGGACCCCGAUGGUGACGGUAUCACGUACCGUAUCGCUUCGGGAAACGAGGAGGGCAACUUUGUCAUCGACAGCCAGAAAGGUUUGAUCCGACUACGCUCGAGUCCCCCGCCUCACCUGGUGGGCGUGGAGUACAUCCUCAACGUGACGGCGACGGACGACAACGCUUCGGGCGGCCCUCAGGCGUUGUCGUCGACAGCGCAGGUAGUGGUCGGCGUGGACGACGUCAACAACAACAAGCCCGUUUUUGAGAAGUGUCAACAGUACCGGGAGAAGACGACGGUUCUGGAGAACCAGCCCGCCGGGACGGUGGUGCUGCAGGUUCACGCCGUGGAUGCCGACGAAGGUUCCAACGGCAAAGUCACGUACGGUUUCAUGCAUAAAGACUCCACCGUUCCUGCCUUUAGCAUCCACCCUGACACAGGGACGAUUGUCACGGCCAGGAAAUUUGACCGGGAACGUCAGCGGGAAUACGCCGUGACGGUGACGGCCACCGACCGGGCCAACGACCCGCUGAUUGGCAUCUGCCAGCUCAACAUCCUCAUUGUGGACCAGAAUGAUAACAGCCCCAAGUUUGAGAAUAUCCGAUACGAAUACUUCCUUCGUGAAGAUACGAUGAUCGGAACCAGUUUCCUGCGAGUAGCGGCCCACGACGAUGACUUCGGAACCAACGCUGCCGUCACGUACUCAAUGUCCGGCGAGCAGCCGGAGUACCUCAGGGUCAACCCGCUGACCGGCUGGGUGUUCGUCAACCAGCCCAUCUCGCAGAGGACCUACAUCACCCGGGAGAUCGUGGCCACGGACGGUGGCAACCGGAGCAGCUCGGUGGAACUGGCGGUCACCAUCACUAACGUGAAAAACCAGCCGCCGCAGUGGGGCAAGGACAGUUACGGCGUGGUCAUACCCGAGAACACCGUGCGGGACACGCCCAUUGUGACCAUCAAAGCCACCUCCCCAUUGGGCGACCCGAGGGUAACCUACAAUCUGGAGGACGGCAUGGUCCCGGAGACCAACAUGCCCGUCCGCUUCUACUUGACGCCUAACCGGGAAGAUGGCUCAGCCUCCAUUCUUGUGGCGGAACCUCUGGAUUACGAGACCACCCGCAACUUCAUGUUGAGGGUCCGAGCGCAGAACGUCGCCGCCGUGCCAUUGGCUGCCUUCACCACGGUCUACGUCAACGUAACGGACGUGAACGACAACGUCCCCUUUUUUACAUCCUCCAUCUACGAAGCCUCAGUCACCGAAGGCGCCCAGUCAGGAACUUUGGUCUUUCAAGUGUCCGCCAAUGACCUAGACUUGGGUCUCAACGGGAAGAUCGCCUACUCGCUGCUGGAGGAUCGAAGCGGGGACUUCCAGUAUUUCCGUAUCGACCCCGAGCUUGGUUUCAUCUACACGCAGACAGUUUUUGACCGCGAGACUAAGAGUUCCUACCUGCUGGAGGUCCAAUCGGUGGACGGCUGGGAGUCGGCGAGGCCCGGCAAACACGGACAGCCUAACUCGGACACGGCGUACGUUCGCGUGUUCAUCAGCGACGUCAAUGACAACAAGCCGGCCUUCGCUCAGACCACGUACGAGGUGGACGCGGACGAGGACGCCGACGUGGGAUUCGCUGUUGUCACCGUCAGCGCAAACGACGGAGAUGAAGGCGGCAAUGCCAAACUGCGCUACCAAAUCACUUCGGGAAACUCGGGAGGAGUAUUUGACGUGGAGCCGGAAGUUGGGACCAUCUUUGUCGCUCAGCCUUUGGACUACGAGCAGAACAAAAGGUACAAACUACACGUUCUCGCUUCCGACGGCAAGUGGGAGGACUACACCACAGUGUCGGUCAAUGUGGUCAACAAGAACGACGAAGCGCCCGUGUUCACCAACAACGAAUACUACGGCAGCGUGACCGAGGAACUGGAUGGGUCACCCGUUUUUGUUUUACAGGUGACGGCGUCCGACCCGGACAAGGACGCCGACCAGGAAGCCCUCCGCUACUCGCUCCACGGCCAAGGCGCCGAGAGCGAGUUCGUCAUCGACGAGCUGACGGGGAAGAUCUACGCCCAGCGGACGCUGAACCGCGAGGAGCGCGCCGUCUGGCGUUUCGUGGUGCUGGCCACGGACGAGGGUGGCGAAGGCCUGACGGGCUUCACCGACGUUAUCAUCAACGUGUGGGACAUCAACGACAACGCGCCCGUCUUCACCUGCGCGCCCAGUUGCCACGGUGACGUGGCCGAGAACUCGCCGGCCGGCACGUCGGUGAUGGAGAUGACGGCCACAGACUUGGAUGACGCGGCGGUGGGCCAGAACGCCGUCCUGUCUUACCGUAUCGUUGGCAGCUUGGCCGAGAUCGGGGGCGUUCCCGCCUUCUCCGAGAUGUUCGCCAUCAACCCUGCCACUGGAACCAUUACGGUGGCCAUGGGCGGUCUGGACCGAGAGCAAGUGGAGUCCUACAUGUUGGUAGUGGAGGCCAGAGACGGAGGCGGCAUGGCGGGAACGGCCACGGCGACCGUUCAGAUCACCGACGUCAACGACCACGCGCCCAGGUUCCUCGAACGUGCUUGCCUGGCAAGAAUCUCUGAGAACGCCGAGCCAAACGCGGAGGUGUUGGAGCUGAGAGCGGAGGACUGCGACACGGGCGAAAAUGGCCAACUGACCUUCAGCGUGGUGGCCGGAGACCAGGAACAGAAGUUCUACAUGUUUAGCAACAAAGCGGAACAGCGCGGUAGCCUUCGACUCAAGAAGCGUCUGGACUACGAAAGGCACAGCGAGCAGAGGUUCAAUCUCACAAUCAAGGUUGAAGACUUGGACUUCUCCAGCCUUCUUCACUGUGCUGUUGAAGUGGACGACUACAACGAUCACGCUCCGGUCUUCAUCCCGCACUUACUAUCUCUUGGACCCCUGUCGGAGGACGUCCCAGUGGGGACAAGCGUGGCCCGCCUGGUAGCCAGCGACUCGGACUCUGGUCAGAACCGUCAGCUGGUCUACAGCCUGUCCCGAGACUCGGACCCGGAUGGACUCUUCGCCGUCGACCAAUCGGGUGUCCUGACAGUGGCCCGGGCUUUGGACCGAGAGAAGGUGGCACAGCACCACCUGGUGGUUGUUGCCACCGACCAUGGGGUUCCCGCGUUGUCGGGAAGCGCCACCGUGGAGCUCCCGCUGCUGGACGUCAACGAUAACGGGCCGCAGUUUGAGGCUGCAUAUGCGCCGGUGGUUUUUGAGAACCUUCCGGCACCUCAGGUUGUCAACAUGAACCAGACGUCCAUGCUCCUCCGCGUUCAGGACCGCGACUCCCCUGAGAACGGCGGCCCAUUCCGUUUCUCCGUCCCAGCUGACUAUCGCCACGGCAACGACUUCUACCUCAAGGACAACCUGAACGGGACGGCCACUUUGACGGCGCUGCGGACGUUCGACCGCGAGCGUCAGAAGGAGUUCCUGAUCCCCGUGAUCAUGAGCGACAGCGGCCGUCCCGCCAAAACAGUCACCUCCACGCUGACCGUCACCGUCGGCGACCACAACGACCACGCGCAUGUCGGCGGCGAGAAGACCAUUUUCGUCAACACGCACAGAGGCCGCAUGCCCACGACUGUACUGGGAAAAGUUUACGCGCCCGACCCGGACGACUGGGACAACAAAACGUACGCUUUCGAGGGACAUGUUCCAACUUACUUCAUCUUGAACAAGCGCACAGGCUUCGUGAUAAUUAAGGAAAACGCCCCGUCUGGCGACUACCACUUCCUGGUGCGCGUUUCGGACGGCGUGUGGCCCGACGCUAUCUCGGCAGUGACGGUGCACGUUCGAGAGCUGCCCGACGACGCCAUACAUAACUCGGCAUCGCUCCGCCUCGCAGACAUGACGGCCAAAGAGUUCACCGAGUCGAGAGGGAAACAGCGCAGCCGCUACGAGCUGCUCUCCGACUUCCUGUCAGAGAUGCUGUCGACGCCGGCGUCCGACGUCAACGUGUUCGGUCUGAGCGACGUCGCCGGCCGCAUGCUGGAUGUACGCUUCGCCGUGCGCGCCGGCGCCGUCUUCCUGCGGCCCGAGAAGAUGCACGGCUACCUGGCGGCGCACAAACAGAAGCUGCAGUCAUUUCUGCAGGUGCGCGUCUACCAGGUACGUGUAGACGAGUGCCCACAGACAGAGUGCGGCGGGGCGGGUGGCUGCGCCAGCGCCUUGGCCGUCCGAGAUGCGCCCACGGUGGUGGACUGCGGCUCCCUGACUUUGGUGUCCGUCACGUUGGAGGCGGCCCCCGUCUGCGCCUGCCCUGGGCGUCAGCAGGUGCACCAGCCUUGCAACGCUUACCCAAGGAACCCGUGCUUCAAUGGAGGCGUGUGCGUGGACACCCAGCACGGCUACAGGUGCCAGUGCCCAGCCCAGUUGGAGGGUCCCGAGUGCCAGCAGAACAAGCACAGUUUCCGCGGCAACGGCUACGCCUGGUUCCCUCCCAUGACGCCGUGUUUUGAAAGCCACAUCUCGCUGGAGUUCAUCACCGAAGUGCCCGGCGGGCUGCUGCUCUACAGCGGGCCGCUGGCGCAAUUGCAGGCCUGGGACCACGAGGAUUUCAUGGCUAUCGAGCUAAUAGACGGGACCCCCACGCUGAAAAUCAACCACGGUUCCGACACGGCGGUGCUACAGUUGCCAGGCAACGUCAACGUGGCAGACAGGCGCUGGCAUCGGCUGGACGUCCGCAGCAACGGCGAGGAGGUGCGCUUCACCUUAGAUCGCUGCUCGGGGGCGGCGGUUAUGGAGAUGGAGGGUCUGGGAAGCUGGCUGACCACAGAGGACCACUCGUCCUGCGAAGUCACCGCCACCACGCCCAACACGGACCGAUAUUUGAACACGAGUCAAGUGCUGCAGCUGGGCGGAGUCAACGAGGACAUCCCGUACAUGUACCCACAGCUUCAACAUAAACACUUCACGGGGUGUAUACGAAAUCUGGUUGUGGACAGCAAGAUGUACGAUCUGAGCUCCCCGGCCGACUCGCGGUCCAGCUCGCCGGGCUGCCAGACCACCGACGGCAGCUGUGUCAACAUGGGUUACCCAUCCUGCGGACGCCGCGGACGUUGCCAUGGCGAGUGGGGCUCCUUCAGCUGCCAGUGCGUGCCCGGAUACACCGGGCAGCAGUGCGACCAGGAGGUUCCGGAGUAUUCUUUCGACGGCCACAGCCACGUGCGCUACCAGUUGGCCUCGCCCUUGCCGGCCAGGAGGACUGCGGCGCAGGUGCUGCUUCGGACCCGCAAGCACAGCAGCGUCGUGCUCAGUCUGAGCUCCAGAGAGCAGAACGAGUACCUGAGACUGGAGAUUUUUCAGGGCCUUCUGAGCGUGUUCUACAACCUUGGCGACGGCGACCACAACCUGAGCCUGCCCACAUACCGCCUGGACAACGGCGAGUGGCACCAGGUCAGAUUGGAGCGCCACGACAACGAGAUGACUCUGCAGUUGGAUGGCGGAGGCGGCCAAAGAGAGGUGACGGGGGCGCCGGGGCGCAGCCGGGAGAUCAUCGUGGACCCCACGCUGGUCAUGCUGGGCAACGCCUUCCCAUCAGUUCUCAACAAGAGCUUCCAGGGCUGCAUGAGGGACCUUCGCUUGAACGGUCGCCAGCUCCCGAUGGACAGCCAGACCGCACGGGAAGGCGUCUCGCAAAUCGGCGCGCAGGGCCUGACGCCUGGGUGCCCCUCCGACUCCUGCAGGAGAAACCAGUGCAGCCCCCCCUUCACCUGCGUGGACCUGUGGCGAGUGCACGAAUGCAGAUGUCCGCCAGGCCACAUGGUACGAGUCAACGGCAGCCGGAAGUCGUGCGUGUACACGUUAUGCGCCACGCGACCGUGCCACGGCGGGACGUGCGUGGCGCAGUCCCCCAGCAAAUUCACCUGCCACUGCCCCGACGGCCACCGGGGGCGCCUUUGCGAGACCACGCUGGCCGUGUACAGCGACGACGUGGGACUCAGCUUCAGCUCGCUCUUCGCCAUCUGCAUCUGCUUCAUGGCCUUACUCGUGCUAUUGCUAGGCAUCUUUCUGUACACGCGCUGGAGGAGCUACAAAGGCCUGAAGGAAGGCGUGUACCACGUGUCGGCGCACCACGACGGCUGGGAGGACGUCCGCGAGAACGUCCUAAAUUACGACGAGGAGGGCGGCGGCGAGGAGGACCAGAAUGCGUACGACAUGGCGGAGCUGCAGAAGUCACUGCAGCCGAGCCCGGCGCAGUCGCUACAGUACUGCCGCUCGAGGGCGCUACACCACCCGCCUCCUGCGCCGCCCCCGGCCGGGGCUCUUCACCAUCACCACCUCCUGCACCGAGCCCCGACCCCGCCGGCCUCCGGCCGCUCCGGCACGCCACCCCCGAGGAGGGACGUGCCGCCCACCCGCCCCCCGGCACAGGGUCAGGCGGGUCCCCCCCGUCCGGGCCGACGCUCGCUCUCCUUCUCCAGCCAGGACCUGGCGCGCUACCUGUGCGAAAUCAUCCGCGACGCCGACCAGCACCCGGACACGGGGCCCUUCGACUCCCUGCAGGUCUUCUCCACCGAGGGCGGCGGCUCCCCGGCGGGCUCCCUCAGCUCCUUCAGCUCGGCCGCCUCCGACCCCGGGGACGGCGCGGCGGAGGGUCGGCGCGAGGAGACGCUCGGAGAAUGGGGGCCGCGUUUCGAGAAGCUUAGGGCGCUGUACGAGCGGGCGGAGGCCAGCGACCUCUGA